GUAACGUUUAGAAAAACUCAAGAGGAGAGAGAGAGACUAAAAUAAAGGAGUGUUAGAGAGAGAGUAGAGAGUCUGUUUGGCGGCGAGUGCAACACGGCGGAACACAAGAGCGCGUGUGAGCAACGCUUUCUGCAGAAAUAAAAGGGAAUUUUAAUACAAUGGAAUCCCAAAGCGAUAAAAACCAAAUUUCCUAAAAAUCAAUACCAUAGCCAUGUAAAAGUUAGCCCAAAAUCAGUUAAUAGCUUUAAAUUAUUUAGAGCAGGAGCAAAAGAAUUAAACAAAAGGGAAAAGAGAAAAUUCUUUCGCGAAAUUGCAGAGCACAAUAGUCAAACUCACCCACAAAAAUUCCUGGGUUUUCUUUCUGAUUAUUCUUCUCUUCUCGAGCAUAAACAAAAGGGCUUUCGCCUAAAUUGAGGGCAACAAAGAAAAACAUGAUUUCAUCAAUAGCUUCGUCUUCUUCGGCUACUGUGAGAGUCGAGAAAGCUACGAGCGAGUUCUUGAUCGGACCCGAUUGGACGCUCAAUAUGGAAAUUUGUGAUAUCGUUAAUUCCAAUCAGAUGCUUGCAAAAGAUGUUGUGAAAGCUGUGAAGAAACGGUUGCAGCACAAGAACCCCAAAGUUCAAUUGCUUGCUUUAACGCUUCUGGAGACGAUUGUCAAGAACUGCGGCGAUUAUGUUCAUUUUCAGAUUGCGGAAAAGAAUAUACUUCCGGAGAUGGUCAAGAUUGUAAAGAAAAAGACUGAUAUGCACGUAAGAGAUAAAAUUCUAACCCUGGUCGGCUCGUGGCACGAGGCAUUUGGUGGGUCGGGAGGAAGAUAUCCUCAGUAUUAUAUGGCUUAUGAAGAUUUGAGGCGCUUUGGUGUACAAUUUCCUCGGCGCACUCCUGAUGCUGCUCCGAUAUUUACUCCACCUGCUGCACAUGCAGUAUCGACUCCUCCACCAGGUUAUGGAAUGCCAAGUAGCUCUUCUACGAGGCUCGAUCAUGCCAUGGCAGCUGAAGAUACAUUAAGUUUAUCGAGCCUAAACUCCAUGCGCGAUGUUCUUGAGCUCUUGCGCGAUAUGUUGCAAGCAGUUGAUCCUAGUGAUCGCUCGGCUGUUAACGAUGAAAUUAUAGUCGACCUCGUUGAGCAAUGCCGCGUCAAUCAAAGAAAGCUGAUGCAGUUGUUGGGGACAACCGGAGAUGAAGAGGUUCUCGUGAAGGGUCUUGAUCUAAACGACAGCUUACAGAGCGUUCUUGCAAAACACGAUGCUAUUGCAUCGGGUUCGCCUCUUCCACCCAAACCCACUCCCACCACACGCGCAGCUUCUGAGAAACACGAACCCGAUCUCAGAUCCUCUGAGGUGAGCACGCCGCCUGCAGCAUCCAACGAGACCCCGCCUGCACCGGCGUUCCCUGCUCACACCGUGAUUGAUGAGGAGGACGAUGAAGAAGACGACUUUGCGCAGUUGGCUCGAAGACAUUCAAAAGCUCGGAGCGACGUUUCUCAAAACUCAUCCACGGCUAAGAGUGACGCGGAAGCUCCCUCGAGCCCCGCUAUGAGCAACGCACUAGUCCCCAUUGACGCGCCUGCAUCAGUGGAAACAAAAGAUCAGAACAUCAUAGAGCUCCUCAGCAUUGUCCUGUCGACGGGCACCUCGAACGAGCAGACGUCUUCUCCAAACCAUAUGCCUUCUUCGACUAGCUCAGGUACGACAUUCUCGACCGAGGCUUAUCCCAGUGCUAACAACGGCUUCGCCUUCAACAAUUAUGUCGCUCCGUGGGCUCAGCCUCAGCCUCAGCCACAGCCGCAGCCACAACAACCGCAGCUUCAGCCCUACCAACAACCUCAGCCUUCAUACAACUCACAAUCACCACAAGUCUAUCCUCAGCCACAAUAUCAGUAUAAUACAAGCCAACAACAACCACAACCACAACCGCAACCUCAAAAUUCCCAAUAUGCAUACCCUCCUCCGCCGUGGGCCGCCACGCCGGGUUACUUCAGCAGUCAUAACCCUGUGUCAAGGCCGGCAUUCACACACUCGGCUCCUAGGCCCGCCACGCCUAGCAACAAUGGAGCCCGGUAUGAUUUCGCCAACGGAGAGGUGCAGGCGGCCAGCUCAAGCCCAAGGUCGGGUGCGGGGCAGAAGCCCUUCAUCCCAUCAUACAGAUUGUUUGAAGAUCUUGAUGUGUUCAGCAGUGGAGAUGGGAGAUUCAGACCGACGAGCAACGCGUCGCCGAGCUUGUCGGGGCCCACGAGCCAGAAUAUGGUUGGAGGGAGGAAGUGAUAUGAUAUCAUCAGACUGGUGUAUAUAUCCCUCUCCCUCUGGAUUUAAUUUAAUUUUUCGAAACAACACUUUGAGUUUAGGUGGUGUAAGUAUUAGAUUCGUUUGAAUAACGCUUAUUGCUCUCUAGUUUCGAGUCAGGCACCCAAAAUAAGUUGUUAUCCCAGAAAAUAAGUAUGUGCUUCCUACUUCUUCAGAUUGAAUUUAUGGAUUGAUUGAUUUUCAGCCGCCC